AUGAGUAGGGAAGAGUUAAAAAAAGUAAAACAAAGCCUUUGGGAAAGUGCCAUAAAGUUGAGAGUAGGACUUGAUAAAUCUAACAAAUUAAAACAAGAAUUUGAAGAAGAGAAGAAAAACUUUCCUGAACAACUUGCUCAAGAUGAAGAUUAUUUAAGAAAUUGGUAUAUUUCCCAUAAUGCCCUUUAUUUACCUGAAGAAACCCAUUGA